AUGGCAGCAACGGCAAGCAUCGAGUCCGACCCGGCGGGCCCGGCAGUGAUCCCCCCAAAGGACAUCAACCCGCUGCCCUUCACCGCUUUUGUCAACCUCCCCGCAGACAUCGUUUUCGAUUUCGAACCCUUUCUCAAAUCUGAUCUCAACCUCGACGUUUCGCGCGACAAAGCCUCUUCCUCCUCCGAUAUCUGCAAGUACUUCACAAAGGGCCACUGCCACAAGGGCGCCGGAUGCCAGUUUCGUCAUUCGCGGAAUGAAAAGACGGUCGUGUGCAAGCAUUGGCUCCGGGGGUUGUGCAAGAAGGGGGAUUUGUGUGAGUUUCUGCACGAGUACAAUUUGAAAAAAAUGCCGGAAUGCUGGUUUUACGCCAAAUAUGGUGAAUGCAGCAAUCCGGAAUGCAUGUACCUUCACAUCGACCCAAAGACAAAGUUGAAGGACUGUCCGUUCUAUGUGUCGGGUUUCUGCAAACUAGGACCUGCUUGCAAAGGGAAACAUGUACGGAAAGCCAUAUGUCAAAACUACUUAACCGGAUUCUGUCCGAGGGGCCCAGAAUGCAACCUCGGUCAUCCGAAAUUUGACCCUCCCAACUACAACAGCGCUGGCGCGGGAGCCCAAACGGAGCAGACGCAGCAGAUGAACCAGACGCUCGCCGCUGAUGGCAACCGCCCGUUCCGGCCGCUGGAUCAGGUCACUUGUUUCAAGUGUGGUGACAAAGGCCAUUACGCCAAUCAUUGCCCCAAACGGCGGAAAUUUGAUCAAGAAGAUGGUCAACCGAUACCAACUGUGUCCUAG